CUCUUAUUUGGUUUGCAUGUGCUGUGCUUAUAAAUACGUCCCCUUUCUCCAUACUCCUACCACAUGAAUCCCACUUUUCUCCCUUUCCACUUGCUAAUUCCCCUACUUACCUAUAUAUAUUUUUUCUUCCCCACUCCCAACAUUUCCAUACCAUCUUUUACAAACUUAAAAUCUCUUCUUCUCCUCCUCACUCUUCAAUGGCCCUUUCUCACCUCCACUUUCCUCUCUUCUUUCUUUCUUUCCUUCUCAUUUCUUCAGGUGCAUAUUCAGCCACGUUUACCAUCACAAACAAGUGCAGCUAUACAGUUUGGCCAGGAAUACUUUCAAACGCCGGCACGGCGCAACUCUCCACCACUGGCUUCGCUCUUCAACCAGGCGAAUCGAACUCCGUCGCAAUCCCAGCCUCUUGGUCUGGCCGUUUAUGGGGCCGAACUCUCUGCACAGAAGAUACCACAAUAGGCAAAUUCACUUGCUUAACAGGCGAUUGUGGGUCUAAUUCUAUCGAAUGCUCCGGUGAUGGCGCCGCCCCUCCAGCUACCCUUGCAGAAUUCACUCUUAACGGAGCUGAUGGUCUCGAUUUCUACGACGUCAGCCUCGUUGACGGCUACAACCUUCCAAUGCUAAUAACACCACAAGGCGGCACCGAUGGUAAUUGUACGAUAACCGGUUGUUCGGCGGAGUUGAACAAUUUGUGCCCGACCGACCUUAAAGUAAUGGACAGCGGAAGCGGAGAGAGCGUGGCGUGUAAAAGCGCGUGCGAUGCGUUUGGGGAUCCGCAAUAUUGCUGUAGUGGGGAGUAUGGAAAUCCUAAUACUUGCAAGCCUAGCUCCUACUCAGAAUUCUUUAAAAAUGCUUGUCCUAGAGCUUACAGCUACGCUUAUGACGACGGAACCAGCACUUUUACUUGCGCCGGAGCUGACUAUGCCAUCACAUUUUGCCCUGCACCUUCCACCAGUGUUAAGUCGGCUAAUAGACAGUAUCCAGAGGCGGUGGAAGUCUCGGCCGGCACUCGUAUCACGUCACCUUACUCCAUUAUGGCGGCUAUCUGGCGGUUGUGGCAACUCUUAUGAAAAUUAUAUUUUAUUUACAUCUAUAAGCGAAAGUCAAACAUUUUUCCUUCGCGACAAGGUGAAUUUCACUUCUGAAAAAGACAUUAUCAGGUGAGAUUCACGACCCGAAGUGAUAAAUUGAUGGAGAAAUUAGAUAAUUGAAUUGAAGAAUUGCACGAUUCGGCAGCAAUUAUGAGAAAAAUCGAGGAAGAUUUUGCAUAAUUUGCGGUGAAUAGAUGUGAUGGGAAUCGUAAUACAUAAUAGAAUGGAGAAAACGGUAAAGGCCACAUCAGCAAUCACGCUUGUGAUUUGGACAAAGACAAGAAAGAAAGAAAGAAAGAGACGCAUUAGUGUAGAAGCAAAUGAGAGCAACGAACCAAAAGUGGGUUUUCAUGUUGAUUUGGAGAUUGUAAUAUUUAAUUAUUAUAUUAUAUUUGUAUUGCAUACCGUUAUUAUUAGCUGGAUAAUCUAAUUUUAUGUUUCUUAACUUUUGCCUAAUAAUAAUGCCAACUUUGAUUAGUUCA